GGACAAGUCACUCAGAGCUCUAACCUGCACACACAUACACACACACACACUUCUUCAACAUGGCCCGGCGGCCGAGAAACAGUGUUUACAGCAGUGAGGAGGAUGAGGAAGAGACCGAGAUGUAUGAACAUGAUUACGAUGGAUCAAUGGCCAAGGCAGGGAAACGCCACCUCGGCAAAACGCGCUGGACACGAGAAGAGGAUGAGAAGUUGAAGAAACUUGUUGAGCUUCACGGAUCAGAAGACUGGAAGCUAAUCGCAAGCUUGUUAACUAAUCGAACAGAUGUGCAGUGUCAGCAUCGGUGGCAGAAGGUGCUGAACCCAGAACUCAUCAAGGGGCCAUGGACUAAAGAGGAGGACCAGAGGGUGAUCGAGUUGGUCCAGAAGUAUGGAGCCAAGCGCUGGUCGGUGAUCGCCAAGCACCUGAAGGGGCGGAUAGGCAAGCAGUGCCGCGAGCGCUGGCACAACCACCUGAACCCGGAGGUGAAGAAGACGUCGUGGACGGAGGAGGAGGACAGAAUCAUCUACCAGGCGCACGAGAAGCUGGGCAAUCGCUGGGCGGAGAUCGCGAAGCUGCUCCCUGGCAGGACUGACAAUGCCAUAAAGAACCACUGGAACUCCACUAUGAGGCGAAAGGUGGAGCAGGAGGGCUACCUCCAGAGCGCAGCCAAGAACGGCACCUCUGCCCUCUCCCUCGGUCACGGCUACAUCAAGGCCGGGAAUCACAUCAUGGGUUUCCCUAAUCACUCGUCCAGUCAAGCGCAGCUGCCUCCCCUGUCACCACACAACUACCCCUACAUCUCCAACACACACAGGGUGCCUUUCCCCAUGGCCUUGCAUCUGAACAUCAUGAACAUUCCCCCGCAUGGGACCGCUGCUAUACAGAGACACUAUGGUGAGGAGGAUCCUGAGAAGGAGCAGAGGGUGAAAGAGAUCGAACUGCUGCUCAUGUCUACAGAAAAUGAGCUGAGAGGCCAGCCAUCACUACCAAUGACUUUGCCCUAUCCAAGCUGGGCUAGCCAGAGCUGCCUGACAAACAGCCCGGACGGUGUGGCUUUGUUGCUACCUCAUCACCAGGCUGCUGCCCCAGCGCUGCCCCUCGACCAGAGCUGCCUGCCGGAGGAGAGCGCCUCGGCAGCACGUGCCCAUACCAACAACAGCAGCAGCAACAAUAACAACAACAACAACAGCAACAGUCAUCACAGCAGCCCAACGUUCUCGAAUGCUCUUCCAGAGUUCAUGGAAUCUGUCAUUGAUUCAUUUCUCAGCCAGUCGAUGAGCCCAGGACACUCGGACAACGACAGCUUACCGAUGGAGUCCAAGCCUCAGAUCGACCCCUCGCUCAGGCCACAGAAAGAGAAUGAAAUGUUCAGAACGCCAAACAUUUGCCGUUCUAUCAUGGAGUCGUCACCUCGCACACCCACGCCGUUCAGGUCGGCUCUGGCCCUGCAUGAAGCAAAGUACGGACCCCUCAAACUACUGAAUACCCAUUUGGAACAUCAGAUGGUCAACUCCAUCAAGCAGGAGCCGAUGGAGUGUUCCAUCGAGCAGCCUCCUCUGAAGAAGAUAAAACAAGAGGUGGAGUCCCCGUGUGAGAGGAGCCCGUGUAUGCAGUGGGAAGCACAAGACCUUCACACGCAGCUCUUCUCCCCCAACGGCCCCGCACAGGAAGUACCUGACCUACUUUCCAGCUCAAUAUUAAGUGAGGAAGGACACAAAACCUACACCGUCCCUCGCAGAACCCUGGGCAGCCCACUACAGCAGCUCAGUACCUGGGAACAUGCGACCUGCGGGAAAACAGAGGAGCACGUUCUGGCGUCAGAGCAGAGCCACAAGUACAUUAACACUUAUCCUACAAGGACACUGGUCAUGUAGACACAUGUGACACGUGUUGAUCCGGAAACAUCAACACUCAGCGCGCUGGACGCAGCGUGGCAGGGUUUCGUAUUUGUUGUGGUACAACAGUUGGGAGAGGCUCUAUGCCACUGGUGUUUUUACACUCACACUUGUUGGAUUUCAACCAACCAAAGACUAUAACUCCUUUUUUUUGUCUUUUACAUAGAAUUUGAUUUGGGUUUCUUUUUUUCUUUUUUUUUAUAUAUAAAUGUUCAUCCUAUCUCUUUUGGUCUCGUCAUUGUAUCAUUAUGGAUGUUAUGUAUCAUAAAUGGGAUAUGGUGACUAUAUAAUUUGCGUUGGGCUGUAUUAAUAAUUCUGAAUUUUUAUAUUAAUAUAAAGAACAAGUUAAUUAAUUUAUUUCUUUUGUUUUUAUGAUGACUUUCUAAUGUUUUUUUUUCUUUUCCAAUUGGCCGACAGAGCAGUGUUGUAAGUUAAGUAUUUAAAGCCCUAUUAGCAUUAUCGCAUAUCUAAAGGCAUAAAACUGACCUCUGAAACUUCUCUGUUGCUUUUUAUCUUUGUCGUUAAAUAGGAUAUAAUGGGUCUACUGAAAAUUUCAAGUGUUUGCUCUGUGCCACCUCUUUUUUAACCCCGAACUACUGAGCGAGAGAAGCUACGUCUGUUGUUACGUCAUUAUUAAAUUAUGAAUUAUAAUGAGUCGCAAUAAAGGGGCCAGACUUAUUAGUAUUACCUGAUUACCACGAUGGCACCUUUUAUUUCUAUAUAUAUAUAUAUAUACAUAUAUAUAAAUACAUAGUAUAAUUAUGAAUUCAAACUAUGUUAAAUUAAUACUGUUUGAAAUGAGCUUUUACCCUGUAAAAGUAAGACCAACCUGCACUUGAGUUUUAUGUUCUCUAUAUAAACAAGCCAAGACUACUAAACACUGAUGUUUUAUAUGAUGCUACAAACAAAAGCCCGAUUGAAACCUAUGUGCUGUUGUCGUGUCUUUGAAUAGUUUUGUACUUUUUUUUUAUAUAAUGCAUAUUCAAUCCGCAUUGUGUUUUCAUACUAAGACUGCAGUAGCCCAUUUCAGACACUGAGCAGACAAUCCUUUUUUUCUACAUGUUUUUGAUGCCUUGUUUUUAUACUAGCUUUUGAGCAAAAGUGAUUUUAUAAAAAAGCAUGCCAAGUUUUUAUGUUUUUUUUAUACUUUUCUAUCCUGCCUAUUAAAUAAAGUGUGUUGUUUUAAUACAG